AUGUGCUUCUGGAUCGGAUCCAACCCGAUAAACCGUUCAUCCAUACCCGGUGCGACAAUCGGAUCCUCCACGUCAGCAACUCUACCCGUAAUUGGCUUUAGCGAGGGCGGCGCGCUCGCCUUCUCUAGACCAAACAGGAAAUCCACCUUGCUCGCUGCCACCGCCGCCGCCGUCGGCGGCGGCGGCGUGUGCGACGCCGAGGGGGACGCCUCCCGCGGCGGCGCGGCCGUAAUCGGCGCCGAAUUCAACGCCUCGACGAACCUCUCCUUCUCCGAUUUGACCUCGUCCGAGCCGAAGCUCCGGGUGGAGGAGCUCAGGCUCUGGAUCGGCGCCUGGAAGAUGAAGAUCCGCAGCCUCGCCGGCUUAGGGGAGGCUCGCCACAGCCGCUCGUACUCGUGCAUCAUGUGCUCGAGGUCGUCGUCGUUGGUCACCGAGAUGAGAGCGUCCAGAUCCUCGCCGGGUAGCUGGUACUUGAACGAGAUGCCCUCGCCGCCGUCGCACAUGGCGGACAGCCUCGCGAACAGGGCGGCGAACCGUAUGCCCCGAUCGACGGCGAGGAUCUUCGUCUCGCCACCGACGUACGACAACUGGUUGUCGUUCGGCCGGGGGAGGAUCCUCCCUCCGUAG